GCGAAUCUUGCUAUCUUCAAACUCCUUUUCUGAACCAACCAGAUUCCUUUUGGAACGUUAAAAAUAAACUCUUCAUGUUUUUUUUAAGUGAAGAUAUAGCCAAAUAUAGCGUGCAAAAUCUUUCAAACCCUUUGAGCGCUGCUCAUUCUACGUUGUACGUAAUUUUCACCUUUUCUUUCAAUCAAAAUUAGAUAAAGUUCGGCAUUUUUCGAAAUUAAAUACGUGUUGUAUUUUCGAAUAGAGCUAUAAAACUAGAAUUGGAAAUUUUAAAAAAAAUAUAGGAGGAGGCAGCUCAAUUUGGGCCGUCCAUUGCACAGCAUUGGAUCAGACCAAGGGCCCAAAUUCAGCACCGCCUUCGCCGGCAUCCGCACGGCGCAAACCCAUCCCCACCCUUGUCUAAACCCCCGCCGCCGACGGCGGCCGCCUCCCUCCUCCCUCCGGCGACCGCCUGGCCGGCUGGCCCCGCGCCUCCUCGCCCUCUCGGGCUCUCCCUUGCUUCUCCUCCCCUCGCACCCCAGCCCCGCCCUCCACGCGCCCAAAUGCACGCGGCGGCGGCGGCGGAGGAAGAGAGGGCAGCGGAGCUGGCCGGCCCGCUCCGCGACAUCCUCCCGCCGGUGGACUUCUGCUGCGCGUACGGCUCCACGCUCCUCCACGCGCGCCCCGAUGGGACGUCCAUGGUCGACUACAUCCUCGGCGUCGCCGAUCCCCUCCAUUGGCACUCCGAGAACCUCAAGAGGAACCCUGCGCACUACUCCCGCUGGAUGGGGUGCCUCGGUGCCAGCGCCAUCACUGGGCUUGCUGAUCGCAUUGGCGUCGGGGUAUACUUCAACCCAUUUGUUGAGUGGAGAGACAAGAGGAUAAAGUAUGGCGUGGUGCGAAUGAAGGACCUGGCCAUGGAUGUCUUGACCUGGGACAGGUUCUACCUCAGUGGACGAUUGCAGAAACCGGUUCAUGUUCUUGUUGAUAACUGGGAUAUAAGGAAGGUUAACACAAUUAAUCUUGAAAUGGCAACUUCAGCUUCUCUACUCCUUUUGCCAGAAGAAUUCAAUGAGUAUGACCUAUAUGCUCAAAUUUGUAGUCUAUCAUAUAUGGGUGAUUUGAGGAUGCUGUUUGCAGAAGACAAAAACAAGGUGAAGAAGAUUGUUGAGGGUAGUUUUCAGUCAUUUCAAACGAUGUACAGACCCCUCUUGCAAGAGUAUAUUGCUGAAGGGCUAUUGAAGACAUCAUCCCAUGGACAACAGAAAAUUUUCCGGCAGGAUUGUGGUCCAUCUACAACAAAUGAACUGUUCUCUGUUCUUCCAUGGACGAUCCAAAGGCAAAUGCAGGGAAGAUAUGGGUCGCAUGGAAAAGAAAUGCCAACACGCAUGGUAGUCUCUUCAAAGGAAAUGGCAGCAAACUGUGUGCGAAGGGCCCUGAGGCGUCGCGUCAUGGUUUCAAGCGUACGUCAAGCGGUAUCUGGGCUGCUCGCCUCUGGUGGUGCUGUUGCUGCUCAAUACCUAGGGAAGAAGAUGGCUAAGGCCUGGCAAUCUAGAGCAGCUUAAGCUACAGCUAAUGCCUUUGUUAUUUGUGGUUCAGUGUUUCAUGCAAUGUACAGUAAUCAAAUUAAUCAAUGUGGUUCAGUGUUUCAUGCAAUGUACAGCAAUCAAACUAAUCAAUCUUGCGUUUUUCGCUA